AUGUCUACCCGCCCAACUCCGUGUAGUGACGAAGUGUCAGCGGCGCUGCAAGAAAGUGAAGGUUCGGAUCGACGGAAUCAUAUUUUAGCUAAAAGACGCAACAAUCUUUGCAAGAUAUGCACCAAGGUGGUGGGCGAUUUGAAACCAUCCACCCCAAACCGCUGGCUGGACUUUGGGGUGGACGGUGAGGGAUACCUCGUCAACUGGGACGUUGCCGAGAUUCUCCGGCGCCCUGACGUUAGAGACCGCGGAAAUUGGUCUGAAGUUCUGACCGAGGUGGACGAUAAAUUCGAUGACGGCCGUGCCAAGACAUACCUUAGUUGGACUCUGGGCCGACGACUUGCCAUCGCCUAUAGGGAGAUGGAGAAUGUUUCAGCUGCGGAAGCUGAGGCCGGGGAAGAACAGCCGUACGGAAUCCCGAAAUAUGGAAUGGAAAUGGUCACUCGCCAACCAGAAGCAUUUAACUCGAUUCAAUUAGCCCGAUUCGAUUCCUCUAGAUCGGACCCAGGGAGUGCCUUCUUCGUCCGCCAAAUCUCAUCCUGCAGACAAAACAUCCCGCUAAUACGGUCAUGGAUCGAUCGCUGUCUCAAAUAUCACAAAGGGAAGUGUCAAUCAUCUUCAGGCGGGGUCGAUAUUAGCAGCCUCUCCCUCCGCGUCAUCGACGUAGAAGCAAGAUGCGUCAUCAAGGCUUCUCCCAACUGCCGUUAUGUCGCCCUGAGCUACGUCUGGGGCAACGCCAAGCAGGUCCUGCUCAAGGUGACAAACGAAAAGGCUUUCUCUCGUCCAGGCGGCCUACCGAACGGUAUACCUGCGACAAUCGAGGAUGCAAUGGCUCUUUGCCGGAUGUUGGGGGAGAGGUAUUUGUGGGUGGAUGCGCUCUGCAUCUACCAGGACUCCCCUGAGGAUCUAAACACAAAAUUCGAUCACCAGGCUUCUGUAGCUGAGCAGAUUAGACACAUGGAUGUCAUCUAUUCCGGCGCGGUCUUUACUGUCGUCAACGCCGCAGCAAGUUCCGCGGAUGAUCCCAUACCCGGCGUCCGAUCCGAUUCACCGAAGAGAAUCCCUCCCCAACCCUUCCAGAUUGGGGAGAACCUGCAAGUUGUCGCAACAAUCGCAGAUGCUUGGGACUAUGUCUCAUCUCACUCAACAUGGGACACUAGGGGAUGGACAUUCCAGGAGAAGAUCCUGUCGAAGCGCCUGCUAGUGGUGACGGAACACUUUAGCUUCUUCCGCUGCCCAUCCGUGCUCUGGAGAGAAGACAGCUUUGAGGCGGAUCUCUUUACGGAGACAACUAGAGAGAAGACGCAGAUCUGGGAGUGGGAAGAUGCGCGAGGGCUGCAUCGCGCUGCCCCAAGAGACAAAGAUCAAGAAAUGGCGCAGAAAACUCUUAGCAAAUACAAGAAGCUUAUGCAUAACUACAUCACUAGAAAAUUCACUUACAACAAGGAUGCACUCCUCGCGUUCCAAGGUAUUAAACAGACAAUAAAACUGUCGGUGGGUGGCUUUUUCUUUGGCUUGGAAGAUGCGCGAGGGCUGCAUCGCGCCGCUCCAAACAGUGACCAAGAGACAGUGAAGAAGACACUAGACGAAUACCAGAGCCUCUUGGGGAUCUAUGUCACUAGAAAUUUCACUCACGAUAAAGAUGCACUUCUCGCGUUCCAAGGCAUUGAACAGACAAUGAAACCAUUAGUGGGAGACUUUUUCUAUGGUUUGCCGAAGAGAAGUUUCAGCACAGCCCUCAAGUGGGUAAUGUAUGAUGGCCAAGCCAAGCGUCGUAAAGAAUUCCCAAGCUGGUCGUGGGCAGGAUGGAAGGACCAGGGGGGAUUUUGGUUCCCAACAGGUAUCAGUGAGCGGGUGGAUCAGGAUGAAGAACGAAUCCUGUUCUACCAAUUGAUGGUGCGGCGGCCAAUGCGCCGCAUAGGAGGAGAAUCAAUACUUUCUCUAGGAGACAAGGACGUCGACGUCUGCAUAAUCAACAAAUCAAGGCUCGGUGACAAGCAGGACUACAUCGCAGGCGAAUUUCGCCAAUCGACUUUCAGGUGGAAGCGGCCGCUCCAGCCUGGUCCUCCAAUCCGGGAAGUCGUCGCUCAUCAGCAUCUGCCUCAGCCGAGUCGUCCAACUUGGCAAGCAAUCGCCAUGCAGCUACGCGGAGGCAGUCCCCUUCUCGUGAACCAAUUAAAACAACUACUCGUGUUCUAUGCCCUAGCCAUAGAGACAAACCCCACAGACAAAUCCCGGAACUACGACGGUCUCGGUUACUGGGCACGGCAUGAAGAUGUCCCAGAUAGCUCAACGAUCUCAACGACCACACACCUCCAGCGAAACUGGAUCAAGGUGCAACACUGGGGACACAAGUACACUAAUGUGAUGCUCAUUGAGUGGGUCGGAAAUAUGGCCUACCGUGUAGACCUAAGGAUCCGAGUUCGUACCACGGAGUUUUUUGCUGCUAGGCCACAGAUGAAGCUCAUUAUUCUCGGUUGA